UUUCAAAGUUCUAUCUCACAUCCUUAAAUUUAUAUUAUCAGAAAUACACAGUUGUAUCUGGAUUAUAAGUGGAUUAUCUUGGAAUUACAAAGUGGCAUGUAAUACAUACAACUUUGUGAUAGCAGUAACAAAACAGAUUUUUCAUGAACGCUACAUUCAUCGCUGUUGUACUGGAACUGGAAUCUUUCGCAUCGAGUUGCAUUAUUCCAGAGUUAACGCGGCUCCUACAAUCACGAGCACCAUCUGCUGAGGUAACGGGGGGGUGAAAAGGAAACGAUUGUGGGGUGGUCUUAGACGGUGGUCGGCGCUACUUUAAAAGAGGAAAGGAUGACUGCGGGUGCCUACCCAGAAAUCUGUGAAUAUGUUUGUGACUGUGGGCUAUCUGAUGAAGGCCUAGUAGGAACUGAUUAUAAAAUACGAGAAGCAGGAAAUUCAGGUGAAGUUAGAGGUGAUUCUACUAAUAGAAACCAAGAAGAGGAGGAGGAUGGUGGUGAUGAAGAACCAGAGCGAGAUGAAGAUGCUCCCAAAUGUGGCAUAAACUGA